AUGGUCCAGCGGAACGGCAACCUGGCGGAAUCUGACGUCGGUUUCUACAGUGGCCUGGUCGAGGCGGCCUUCUCAGCGGCGCAAGCUGUGACCCUGCUGCUCUGGGGCACACUAGCCGAUCGUUUCGGGCGCAGACCGAUGCUCCUGUACAGCCUCGCCGGCAUGGCAACCGGCACGGCACUGUUCGGCACGGCUUCGGAGAUAUCGCACAUGAUGCUCCUCCGAAGCCUCACAGUCAACGAUGCAGACACUGGAGAGGGCACUCAGAGCCAAUCUGGCAGCACUCUUGAGGACCACCCGCAGGGAACCAACCUCAUGGGCCUCGACACUAAUGACAAUCAUGGAAGCUCAGAAGCAGACAUGCUGCGCCGCAUUCAACAACUCACGGAGGAGCCCACGAUGGAAGGCUCAACCGACAGUCAUUAUAUCCCCAUUGCAGAAUUGGUCAAGGGGACGGCGAGGGACGGCGAGGGGCAGCAAGGGACGGCGGCGUCCGUCACUGAGAAGAGCAGAGGGCAGUUCAAGGCACGAAGAUCUGAGGAGAGCAUCUUGAGCAUCAAGGCGGCGGACGAUGGAAACUUCCGUACCUACUAUGUCUACUAUGAACGCUAG